AUGGGUCUCUUGCGAUAUCCCAACCCCAUGAAAGCUAUUCACAAAGACUGGUCCAAAUAUUACAGGUUCCACCGAGACUAUGGCCAUGACACGGAAGACUGUCGCGACCUCCAAAAUCAAAUCGAGGACUUAAUCCGAAGAGUCACCUCGGGCGCUAUUUCAAGGAACCCCGGGAACCGACUCCAUGCCCCAAGGGACCCGUCAAAAGAUAGAUUGAUGUCAUCUUCGGAGGACCGACAGCUAGCGAUAGUAGCUCUCAAUGACGAGGAAGGCCUACGCCCGGAGCGCGGUCGAGAAAAAUGUCCUCGACCCGAGCUCAAGCCUGAAAUCACUUUCGGAGCCGGAGAGGUCAAGUGCUCCCAUCACGAUGAUGCUUUGGUGAUCUUCAUUCGGAUCGCCAAAGCUCAGGUCAAAAGAGUAAUGAUCGACACCAGGAGUUCUGCCGACGUGUUGUACCUCGAUGCCUUUAAGAAGCUCAGCUUGACUAAAGAGGACCUCACCCCCAUGGUGUCAACGCUCACUAGGUUCAUGAGAGAUUUCAUCUCCCCGCUCGAGACCACCAUCCUUCCUAUCACCAUCGGGGAAGAGCUGAGGGCCAAGACAAUAAUGACUACCUUCAUGGUAAUCGAUCUACCCUCGGCCUAUAAUGUCAUCCUCGGUCGAUCGAUGCUCAACAAGUUGAAAGCAGUGGUGUCCACCUACCACCGGGCCAUUAAGUUUCCAACUUCGGCAGGGAUCGGGGAAUCCCGAAGCGAUCCUAUAGAAUCAAGGUGA